UCAGUUCUUGCUGCUUACUCAUCGCAGUCAAACAUUUUACUUUUUUUUCUUCAAUUUUUCGGAACAUACGCAAUUUUAGAAAUCUAAAAUAAUUAAAAGUUUUGCAUCUUAAAAAAUGGCAGACGUCGAAGAAACUGGAAAAGUUGUUGGAAUCACUUAUCGAGUGCUGAGUGUCUUAGUUGUUCUUGUAUGCAUCAUCGGCUUUAUUCUUGGAAUCCAUUGGCUUUUCUUGUCAAUCUUUGUCGUGAUUGCAGUCAUUCUGUACUUUGCAGCAACAAGAUUUGUAGUGGCAAUAAGAACGAAUAAUUCACGUCAGACAAUCUUCUUCAUUGUAAUCUCUGUCAUCUUGCUGGUAGUCAGUGGAUUCUACUUCUAUUUACUACUUGAAAGUCUUAUUGCUGGAGAUUUCUCGGGCUACAAUCCAUACUACUUCUAUCCAUCACCAGUUGUCUUUUUGAUUCAAUUCUUUACUGUCUAUGUUGCAUUCAAAGUUAGAUCAAGCAUUGUUGAACGUACAGAAAGUUUAAAACUUAAUGCUUAAAUGAACAAAACAAAAUUAUAAAUUUAUAUACAUUAUAUAAUUCAAUGUUAGUGUGGGCAGCAUAAAUGGAGGAGAGAUGUGCAGUCAGGGGGUUGCUUUUUUGUGUAAACCUUAGUUUUAUAUUCAAGAAUGACAGUGGUAAUGUCUAGAAAUUAAAAUCUUUGCUGGUUUCUUGAUAAGACUUCUAUCCUACACAUAUUCUAGGGUUUUUAACUUAGCAUAUUCACUAGGAGGAGGAGGAGGAAUAGUUGUAUGCCAAAAUACCAGUCUUAGACUCCUGAAGGAUAAGGGGAGGGGGUUUAGGGUCAACAAGAGUAUUUUAUCAGUUGUAAAAACUAAAUGUUGACCCUGAAAAAUCAUAAAAUGCACCUAGUCUUGUAAAACCUAUGACAAAAAAUUAUAAAUUACAAAAAAAAAGUCUUUUGGAAUAUUUUGAAAUGAAUGCUUGCUGUCCGACAAAACAAUAUUAACACUUUGAGUGCCUCCAAUAUAAAAAUCUUAAAUGUUCACAUCUUAAAAGUUUAUUAAAAUAUUGUCAACUGUGUACCU